AUGGAGGAAGUAAAAACAGGAUUACCCUUAGCUACAGAUCCACUGCCUUAGUUUCCACCACCAACUGCAGUGCACAAACACACGUUAGUCACAGGAAAGAAAGAAAGAGAGGACACACUAACAGUAAACACAAACAAAAGGGUGAUGGGAUUGUUUUACUGCAUGCACUGCUGAGCCCGACAUUGUCACCUCCUCUUUGAGGGGUUAGAAGAAGCUGAGAUCUCCCGACAGAGCUGGAAAUGGUGAUGAAUCUUUUUUAAUCAAAGGACAAUUUCUUUUCACUGCACUUUGACUAUGGAAACAGAGGCUAUUGAUGGCUAUAUAACAUCAGGUGACAAUGAGCUUUCACCUGAAAGGGAGCACUCCAAUAUGGCAAUUGACCUCACCUCAAGCACACCCAAUGGACAGCAUGCCUCACCAAGUCACAUGACAAGCACAAAUUCAGUAAAGCUAGAAAUGCAGAGCGAUGAAGAAUGUGACAGGAAACCCCUGAGCCGCGAUGACGAGAUCAGGGGCCAUGAUGAGGGUAGCAGCCUAGAAGAACCCCUAAUUGAGAGCAGCGAGGUGGCUGACAACAGGAAAGUCCAGGAGCUUCAAGGCGAGGGAGGAAUCCGGCUUCCGAAUGGUAAACUGAAAUGUGACGUCUGUGGCAUGGUUUGCAUUGGGCCCAAUGUGCUUAUGGUACAUAAAAGGAGUCACACUGGUGAACGUCCAUUCCACUGUAACCAGUGUGGAGCUUCUUUUACUCAGAAGGGCAACCUUCUGAGACACAUAAAGUUACACUCUGGAGAGAAGCCGUUCAAAUGUCCUUUCUGUAGUUACGCCUGUAGAAGAAGGGACGCCCUCACUGGCCACCUCAGGACCCACUCUGUGGGCAAACCUCACAAGUGCAACUACUGUGGGCGGAGCUACAAGCAGCGCAGUUCACUGGAGGAGCACAAGGAGCGCUGCCACAACUAUCUGCAGAACGUCAGCAUGGAGGCUGCGGGGCAGGUCGUGAGUCACCAUGUACCUCCUAUGGAAGAUUGUAAGGAACAAGAGCCUAUUAUGGACAACAAUAUUUCUCUGGUGCCUUUUGAGAGACCUGCUGUCAUGGAGAAGCUCACAGGGAAUAUGGGAAAACGUAAAAGCUCCACUCCACAAAAGUUUGUGGGGGAAAAGCUCAUGCGAUUCAGUUACCCAGAUAUUCAUUUUGAUAUGAACUUAACAUAUGAGAAGGAGGCUGAGCUGAUGCAGUCUCAUAUGAUGGACCAAGCCAUCAACAAUGCAAUCACCUACCUUGGAGCUGAGGCCCUUCACCCUCUGAUGCAGCACCCGCCAAGCACAAUCGCUGAGGUGGCCCCGGUUAUAAGCUCAGCUUAUUCUCAGGUCUAUCAUCCAAAUAGGAUAGAAAGACCCAUUAGCAGGGAAACCUCUGAUAGUCAUGAAAACAACAUGGAUGGCCCUAUCUCUCUCAUCAGACCAAAGAGUCGACCCCAGGAAAGAGAGGCCUCUCCCAGCAAUAGCUGCCUGGAUUCUACUGACUCAGAAAGCAGCCAUGAUGACCACCAGUCCUACCAAGGAAACCCUGCCUUAAAUCCCAAGAGGAAACAAAGCCCAGCUUACAUGAAGGAGGAUGUCAAGGCUUUGGACACCACCAAGGUUCCUAAGGGCUCUCUGAAGGACAUCUACAAGGUCUUCAAUGGAGAAGGAGAACAGAUCAGGGCCUUCAAGUGCGAGCACUGCCGAGUCCUUUUCCUAGACCAUGUCAUGUACACCAUUCACAUGGGUUGCCAUGGCUACCGGGACCCACUGGAAUGCAACAUCUGUGGCUACAGAAGCCAGGACCGAUAUGAGUUUUCAUCACACAUUGUUCGAGGGGAGCACACAUUCCACUAGGCCUUUUCAUUCCAAAGGGACCCCUAUGAAGUAAAGAACUGCACAUGAAGAAAUACUGCACUUACGAUCCCACCUCCCCUCAGAUGUUGACAUACCUUUUUUAAGAAAUAUUAUUACUGUCAAUAAUUUUAUUUUGUGGACACAAUGUCAUUUGCUCUGCCUAAUUAAAGUAAGGAAGAAACAGAAGAGAGAAGGGACGGGAAUAUUGUUUCUUGAUAUCUUGGCUUGUUUAUUUGGUGGGAAUUUAAAGCAGUUCAUUUCUGCCACACACAGAUGUAAGGCAUAUCAUGCUUUGAAACAAAAUCAUUUGACGCAGAUAGAUUUACCUAAGAGAUUCUAAUUUGCCACUGAUAUCCGAGGAUUAUGAUUGGAGGCAAGAAAGUUUAGAGUUUUCUGGAUAGAACUUUGGCAGUUUAAAAUGGUAUAAGUAACUGUACUCUUCAAAGAAUUUGUUUCAAAAUGUAAACUGAUUUUUUUGUUCUUUAGAAAUCAUGGAACACAGACAUGUUGUUAUUUUUCAGUGAUAACUCCUAGGAUGCAUUGAGUUGUUGUGGGUUCUAUGUUUACUUACCCUAUGGAAUUUAUAAUUCAGUAUGUUUUACAUUGUACCAUACAGCAAAACUUUUAAACUACAGGUAGUUACACCUACAACAUAUCUGAGGUCCUCUGAUCUUAUUUUUCUAAACUUAAGCACUGUUUUCCAUAGUUUUGAUGACUGGCAUUUUAUAGACACCCUGGCAGCCUUACUUUUAACACCUUUAACGGAUAGUAUUUUUAUGUAGUUUUCAGAAUAACAUAUGGUCUAAGAGUGAAUAAGAGACAGUCAAUAAUUUCCAGAAGGGACUCUACUUUUCAUAAAUUGGGGAGUUUAAAAAAUUGUGAUGUGAUGGCAACAUAGUAUAUGUGUUUGUUUCUUAAAGUGUGCUUACAAUUGUCACUUUAUCAGCAUUUAAUCAGUGUUAACCAGUCAGCAGAAAAAUGUAAUUAGGUUAACAGUAGGGGUGGGGUGGGGGAGAAACCCACUUAGAAAUCCCUUUUCUGGUAUUUCUCUUUUCACUGUUUUUUUCAAGCUGUGACCACCCAGUGUUCUCUCCAUAGUUCGUUCAUCUUUUACUCUUGGAGUGGAAGAUCUUAAAAAUCUUGCUGUAGGCUGUUUCUUUCCAAAUCUCCUCAGAGCAGUUGCUAAUUUGACCUGAAUGUGGUGACUUGAACCCUUCCAAGGUCAUUGAACUAGGGCUAUUUAUGCUAGUAUUUCUUCAAUAAUAAUAUUUACUACUGCUGCUGCAAAAGCAAGGGAACUUCUUUGUAACCUGUAAAGUGAACUACAGAUCAGGCAGACACACAACAAAGUUCUUUCACCUUUCAUCAAGUCUAGAGCUUGGCAGAACCCCGAAGCAAAGGUCCUAGUUUUCUGUUUUAAAAAUAUUCAGCUCUAUAAGUCCUUGUCAGAAAUGAAUCUCAGUACCUUAAUACCAAAUUUCUCUAUCCUCAAUCCAUACAUGAUAUAUGUUGUCAUAUUUCAUGUACAGCUUUUAACUUCGUUUCCAUGAGUGCUGUGUUUUCUUUGCAGUCCAGCAUCAUUAGAGGAGGGCAGAACUGAUUGAUACUGAUUCAAGUCAUUUUGGAAGGCGGUACUUGUGUUUGGAAGGACGGGACUGGCCAUCAAUGAGUUAUUUGAUAACUAUCUCUGAAUACUGGAAUUCUGUGGAAUAGUUAAAAACUGCUCUAACAGACCACUAAAUAGAGUGCUAAAAUGAUGUCUCUUACUCCAGUGUCAUUUGACCAGGGAAUUGUGGAGAGAGGCAAGUUAGGCCCCCAAAACUGCUCUUAACUCAUUUUUCUAGUUUACCAUUUGCUUAUUUACGCACUUUUAAGCACUAACACAGCCUGAACAAGGUAAAAAUGGUUACAAUGCAGCUCUCUUUUAAUAGUCCUGAUGGUAAUUACUUUUGGAGAAAUCUCCAGACUCUACUUUCAAAUUUAAGAGAAUGCACCAAAACAGAGGUAUAUAGAAUGUCAGCUGUUCCUUUUUUUUAACCCCUGAAUGCCUUGGUGCAUUGUGAACAUACAAUUGAUUCAAAGGUAAAACAUGGUUUUGAGACUCCUUUUCCUCCACCUCCCUGAACAUCUCCCCAGUAAUAAUUAGAAUGCUAUUUUUUUUUCUUUUGGAUAAGGUAAAUAAUUCUAACACUUACGAUUUUAUGUUUUAUAGCAGUUUAGGAAAACAUAUGAGUGCUAGCCAAUAUGUUCAUAAUGUUGGCUGCGUGUGAAUUUCCGCUGGCAGCAUCUUUGAAUUUUCUGCCUGUUUAAUUUUGUUUUCAGUAUAUGAACAAUCAUGUACCUACCUGCCCUGGGAUGAAACUGAAUUUAGGUGGCCCUAAAAGUUGUGUAGUUCCCAAGUGAAGACAGUACUAAUGCACUCUCCUUUUCUCUGAUUUCAUCUUUUCGAGAAAUUUAUUUUAUUGGAAAGAGUUAAUAGUUAUGAAAGUAUAUUUGCUACAAGUGUACACUUGUAUUUUCUAAGCUUCAUGACUUGAGGAAUAGAAAGAGGUGUGGUAAGGAUAAAUGGGGACAAGGUCAAUUCAAAUUUCUAGGUUAGAAAGAAUUUUUGUGGACAUAGUGCUUUCUGAGAAACUCUGGAUGGCUGUAUUUUCUUGCUUCACAAAAGGAAAUAUGCAACAUGGUAAACCUAAAAAUAAAUGUGAGGGUCAGACACCAAAUAAAUCAACUUUUACAUAACAGUUGUAUGCCCAGUUUAUCUAGGUGAGAUUUCAUAUUACAGAAAGUAUUUGAGGAACAUGAAAAUGGGUUACUCAGUAUAUUUUCUAGUCUGGCAAAAAGGAAAAAAAAAAAAAAAGUAAAUUUCAUCACAUUGUUUUGCCCUAAUUUUGCCCAGAAUUUUAUCUCCAGCUUGUAUUGGAGAGGCAUGUUGCCUCUAAUAGUAAUGAAUCCGUUGUAAAAAGCCAUUCUAACUGGGCUUUUUAAAACAGUGUAAGUGACUAGUAGGCAGACUGACAAAGAUUUCAAGUUGAAGAAACAUUCCAUUAGGAAUUUUCUGGGGGGACAAAAUUGAAGAAUGAGAGACUAGUAUUAGAUUUGGCUACAAAGUAGGAAGCUAUUCCCCUACAUACCUACAGGCAGUUAUAUGUAUGAAUCAUAGUUUAUGUAUCUGUGUAUCACAUACAUUCUCUUAAAGCAAUUAGAGUGAUCAGCUGUGUUAUAAGAGUUAAAAUUGUAGUUAAUGCCUGAGCAUUUAGGUGGGUUCACUUUACCAGGCUGUAUUAAGAAAUAUUAAAGAAGUUACUGGUAUGCCUUUAGGACUAGUGGCAACUACUAAACCUUGGGUAUUUGUUAUUUACUUCUAGAACAAAAUGAAACAAUGGAAACAAAGAUUAAAAAUGGAUUGAUAUAAAUUUAAAGAAAUAUAAAUUCCUUGUGGACUAGGAAGAAAAUAUAGAAUAGUUUUACUUGUUGGCAAAUAGAGAAAUGCAAAACUAUUUUAGUGAUUUUUAUAAUUUUUUGUUUGUGUUUUUGUGCCUCAGCUUUAUACCUCACAAAACCAUCAAAUCUUUAUGGUAUUUUAUAAAUGCUUAAUAAAAUUUCCAUCAGAGAAAGUAUUUCAAUGAAAAUCAAGUUUUAAUUUUUUUUCCAAAACUUACUUCAUCUUUUCUCUGAAAUGAUUUCUUAUGGUGGAAAAGAGCAGAAGAGGCAGCAAAAAUGCAAACAAAAAACUGUACCACUAAUUUUAGGUCGGCACUGACACUGGAAGAUGUACUGGUUCCUCUUUUUUUUUUUUUUAACUUUGGAUUAGUCAUUUUACAGAAAGGGAUAAGUAACAUUUGUGGUCAUUUUCAUUUAUAUUUUAUAUAUUAUAAGUACUAUGUACAUGAAGAUUAUUCUAAAACAAGAUUCCCCAAAUCCAAAAGAAAAAAAAAAGUGUGGGGCCAGGGGUGAAAUUGAAGCUUGUAUAUAUGAAAGUUAUGUUAGAAUAUUUUUAAUUCUCCAGUUUCUGCAAAAUAAUUAAAAUAUACAGUAACUGGUCUCUUAAAAUCUUGGAUUUAAUGUAUUAAAUACGUAUAAAAAGUUUUUAUAUUGGUGCCUUUUUAAAAUGCAUUGAGAGUGUUGGUUAGCUGUUGUAGCUCUACAACACUUUUAUUGUGUAUUUUUAAAAAAUCACUUAAAAUUGAGUACUAUAUAAUUCAUCUUUGUGUUCUUAUGGCAAAACUGUUAAAGCAAUUUCCAAUACAGAAACUUUCAGCUUGGCUGUUCAAAGGAAAUCUUGAAACCAGAUUUUAAUACCUUUUUUAGUUUGAUAGUAUUUCUGAAUACCAUUACAAGAAAAUGCAGGUAAAAUAUAAGGUACAGUGAAAUUUUAGCUGUGAACUUAAUUAUGGUAUAUAUUUUCAUUCUGUUUUAAGGAAAAAUAAGUUCUGUAUCACACAAGGAUUUAUUAAUGGAAUUUUUGGUCAAUAAAAUACAGUAUUGUCUGGGAUUUUCAUCUCCAGACUAGUGUUUUUCUAGUCUUGGAACCUCUAUCAUGUAAUCUAUUAAUGUUUCAUGGAACAAUGUAAAAAAAAAUAAUCCUUGAACAAAACAAAAUGAACAGUCAUAUCACAUUGCUAUUCUCCAAAGCAAAAUCUCACAUGGUUUCGUACCAUGAUUGUGUAUUACUUGCGAUGGAUGUGUUAGGAUAUGACAGCUUUUUUAAAAAUGAGCUGCUUGUUCUACAAAGCAAAUGUCCUGUGACCAAGAAGCUGUGAUAUGCUAGUGUUUCUUUUUAUCAUAGUGUAUUGCUAGGCCAAAAAUGAUACCUUGAAUAUUUUUACAUUUAUUGCAGAAACCUAAAAUUUUGGAAUCUCCAUAAUGUUUUUAUGUAACAUUCUAUUUCUAGCUUUUUAGUUUUAUCUUGCUGUACUGUAAGUUUGUGAAUAUUUUUCACGUGCACUCUUAGAAAUAAGUUCAUAAUUCUGUUGUUGGGGUUUUUCUCCCAUAACAUUGCAUUUGUAUAUUUUCUGUAUAAAUUGGUUGUGAAUUAACCCUUGUCCCAUACUCAAGAGUGGUACAUGAAUGACUAGUUUUUUAAGAUAUCCUUUUUAUUGUGAAUAAAACAUAAAAUUCAGAGGCCCUCUGCUAAGCCACAUAAAGAGCAGCAUAUGACUUCAUAUAGGUACAGAUAAGCCAGUUUGCAGUGAACGGGCCCUCAGAUUACCUCAAGUGACAUACAGUAAGGAAAGCUUCUUGAACGGGUGGAGGUCACUGAAUCCCCUACUAUGCACUUAUCAGGAUCUAAUUUCCUAGAAAUGGAUUUUUUACGAAAUGAAUACACUGUAACAAGGGAAAAAAAAAUCUGGGUUUUGGUUUUCGUUGUAUAUUCUUGGGCUUUUUUUAAGUAGUUCAAAUUCUGAAACAGUGAUUAGAAAAAAUUUGUCAGGCACUCUCAGAUUUUGAACAAAGGUCACUUCCCCUUGUAUGUAAACGAAUCUCUCUGUUGUCGCUUCCUAAAUUUUGUAAAUUCUGCCCCUACCUCUUUCUCUUCUGUCAGUCUCUCAUAACUGUCUCUGGAUGUCUUUAUCUCACCUCCCCCCCACUAGUUUGAAGAUUAGGUCAACUCUAAUUUCCAAUUCAUUCAUCUCUUAUGUCUUAAUUUUUUGUUUGUGAUUGUUGUUAGCUGUGUAAUCUGCUGACAUAUUUUUAUACUCAAGUGUAAUUUUAUAUUAAAAAGAGAAGUGGUUGGAUUAAAAAUAAUAAGCUAUAUAACCCACACGUGACUUUCACUUUCCAACAUUGGGUACUAAAUUAUGAAUCCAGAGGUUAUAUGAACCUUUUAUGGUAUUUUUGCCUUCCUUUUUGUGGGAUUUGCAUUCUGGUUUGGCUUUCUUCUGAAAAUGUUUGGCAUGAGUGAUUAUUUGAUUUUUUUUUUUUUUUGGAAGUAUUUUAAAAGACAUUAAAGUUGUAAAGCAAAGAGUCUUAAUUUUCUCCCCACUGGAGAAAAAUGCUUUAACAUUACUGUAAAUUAUUCCAGGUUUGGAGGGGGUCUCCAGGCCACCUAUUUGCUUUUAAUAGUUGGACCUUUUAGACCAUUUGUUAUUUGCAAUCCCAGAGUGAUUGUUUCUACUAUUAAGUUUAAAAGAUACUAUUUUCUUUCUGUACAAGUGCAAUACCCCCCUUAAAGUCUUAAAAACUAUGGUGAUUUUUUUCUUUUCUGACCUACUCUUUAGCUAAUGACAAAAAGAAACCCUUUCAGAUCAUAGGAUGUGUGUUAAAGGCUACAAGAAGCAAAGUGAAAAACACUCCCCAGUCAAAAGAUCAGAUAUGGAAACCACUGUUCUAAUCUCAUGGCAUCUAUUUAGGCUACAUUUCCAUUGAAAUUAGUAAACUUUUGCCUGAGAAAUGUGUCCUAAAGUUGAAAUUCUUACAGACUGAAUUUUCUUAGGCCUUUUGACCAGAGCUCUAAAUUAACCUAAUAUUUAAUAUUUUUAUUUCAUUCUCUUUUUGAAAGUGAACUUAAAUAAAAGCAAAGCACUUAGCUCAAUUUUAAACACAUCAUUUACUGAAGAAAAAUUUUUUUAAAAUAUUUGGAGCUGUCCUGUUUUCAUACAAAUUUAAGUUAAAAAGUAUUUUUCGUAUCAUACAUAUUUAUAUGUAGUAUGCUGGAUUUCCUUUUCUAUACCUGUACUCCUGUAGUAAAACUGCUGUAAUGUAAAUACACAUUUUGUUAAAAGAGAACAUUUCUUUGGCAUUUCUUUUAAAGGCAGUUACUGCAUUUGUAUAGUAUGUGUCUUGGCCAUUUUAGAAUAUUUUUCUUUAACAAUACCAAAGGUAAUUAGACUAUUUUAAAGACUAAUUGCUUGACAGUUUCUAGGAUGUUUUGAGUUUUAGAAGCAAAAAAAAAAAAUAGGUCAAACCAGUAAACCUCAUUUUUUUUCAAACUAAUAAUUUGGGGAAAUAAAAACUAUUGUUUAAACAGAAAUAUAUAUAAAUAUAUAUGUAAAAUUAAAAUUCCAGACCUUGUAUGUCAGGUUCACUCAGUGUAAUGUAGUUUUUUUAAGGCUCAAAUACUAUACCUCGGAAAAUGAGGUUUACUAUGGAAAUAUUGAAACAGUCUUUGCAGCUGUGUGACAAGUCACUCUGCUAUAUACUGAAUUGGAGACCUCCGCUAAACAGUUUUAUCACUGCAGACUAAAAUAUGGGACUUGUAUUUUCUUUGUUUUUAAUAUGCACACAUACAUGUUUUGUGCAUGUAUGUGGGUACUGUGUAUGUGUAUGAGUGUUGUAUAUGCAUGUGUGAGUGUGUGUCUGUAUGUGUGUAUAAACUAAAGAAGCUGCAGAAACUUUGUAAUACUUUGUGAAAAGGAUUAUAUUAUAAAGGUUUGUACUGUCUGAGUGCACAGCUACUGGAAUAAAUUUAGGGAAUCUCAGGAAUAAGCAUAUAAUUUGUCCAAGAUUUAUUUCUUUUCAGAAGUGUAA